UCUCGUGCGAAAGGGAAUAGCGAAUCCAAGCAGCUCGCGCAGCCUGGUCAAAGCUCUCGUGCCGCCGCUGGUGCUGGACGUGUACAGUCGGAGAGCCCUUGUGCAGUGUUAGAGACGUGUUGAAAUCACAUAAUCGGAUGUCUAUUUUGGUGACCUUCUAUCCUCAUCUUAUACUUAUCACGUAGCGAAGCCGUUGGUGUGAUUCCGGACAGAUUGACCGACGGAAAGACUGACUGGAGAGGAAGUGAACAUACAAACGGAUAGCCAGAAGGAUCGUGGGAGGGAUAACCAGACCCUGGUCCUGGAGCGGAGGGGCUGAAUGACAGAGCAGCACAUGUGGAGGGCUAGCAGGCCGACCACCACGUCCUGACCUCCGACCGCUGAAGUCCCGCUCCCCCCCCCUCCCCCCCUCCCCCCGACCCCUACACGCAACGAGUGACCUCAGCACUGGGUGUCACGGAAACGGAAUAGCAAGGAAAUACCGCUCCUCCGCAGGCAUGAGGUCCUUCCGUUCCUUCGGCAACGACGACCGCCAUGUCAUGGCAAAGCACUCCACCAUCUACCCGUCCUCGCAUGACCUGGAAGCCGUCCAAUCGCUGGUCUCUACCGUGGAGUGCGCCCUCAAGCAGGUCUCCGAUUGGCUGGACCGGAGCAACAGUAACGGUGUCGGCACCGUGACGGCGAUCGGCCCGGCCGAGCCCGGCGCCAAGCAGGAUAAGGACCCAGGGGACAAGGACCAAGGAGACAAGGACACAGGGGACGAGCAUGGGGAAAAGCCUGCAGACGAGGAGGAGGAAGACACAGACGGAUACAGGGAGCCUGGAGGAGGCGGCUCUCUGUGUGGGGUGCUGCGGAUCGGCCUGGUGGCCAAGGGCCUGCUCAUCAAGGACGACAUGGACCUGGAGCUGGUCCUCAUGUGUAAAGACAAGCCCACCGAGACGCUGCUGGACACGGUCUGUCAGAACCUGCCCACACAGAUACAGACGCUGUCGGACGGCAAGUACGAGAUCAUCAGCUCCCUCCCCGAGGCGGCCAUUCUGGUGAAGACCACGACGGAGCCCAAGCUCACCCUGAAGAUCACGCUCACCUCCCCCGCCAUGAGGGACGAGGACGAGGAGGAGGAGGAGGAGGAGGAGGAAGGAGAGGUGGAAGAACAGGAGGAGGAGCAGCAGGAACAACAGCAACAACAGCAGGAGAAGGAGCCGGAGGAGAAGGUCGUGAAGCAGGAGGGAGUCGAGCUGGAGGAGAACCAGGAGGAGGACGUGCGAGUGUUGAGCGCUGCAGCGCAGAGAGUGAAGGCUGAGGAGGAGAAACAGGAGGAGGGGGAGUCUCUGGACAGGCACACAUGUCUGUUGGCCCUGGCAGCCCUGCGACACGCCAAGUGGUUCCAGGCCAGGGUGAACGGACUCAAGUCAUGCGUCAUCGUGCUCCGGAUCCUGCGGGACAUGUGCAACAGACACGCCGUCUGGGCGCCGCUCAGAGGAUGGCCCCUGGAGCUCAUCUGUGAGAAGGCUAUCGCCACCUGCAACAGACCUCUGGGAGCGGGCGAGGCCCUGCGCAGAGUGAUGGAGUGUCUGGCCUCUGGCAUCUUACUACCAGGCGGUCCGGGACUACACGACCCGUGUGAGAAGGAGCCCGCCGAUGCCCUGGCCCACAUGACGGACCAGCAGGCCCAGGCCGUGACACACAGCGCCCAGCAUGCGCUGAGACUCAUGGCCUUCGGACAGAUCUACAAAGUGUUGGAGAUGGACCCCCUUCCCUCAAGUAAACCAUCCCAGAAAUACCCUUGGUCUGACAAAGAAGGUUCAGGUCUGAAGCGGCCAUACGAGGAUGGUGCGAUGGAAGACAGAGACCUGAUCAAGAAGAUGAAGAGGAACCUGAGGAAAGUCCUGGACAGCAAGGCCGUAGAGUCCAACCAGCCCAUGAACGCCCUGAUGCGUCUGAACCAGAUCCGGCCGGGGCUGCAGUACCGCCUGCUGUCCCAGUCGGGCCCGGUCCACGCGCCGCUCUUCACCAUGUCGGUGGACCUGGACGGCACCGUGCACCAGGCCGCAGGCUCCUCCAAGAAGACCGCCAAGCUGCACGUCGCCGUCAAGGUGCUGCAGGCCAUGGGCUACCCCGCGGGCUUCGACUCGGACCUCGACCCCAUGAGCUCGGACGAGAGGUCGGACGGCGAGGGCAAGAGCGAGACGGCGGCCAACGCCGGCAGCCACCCGACGCACUCCUCGGACAGCUCCAACACGCUGGAGGUGAGGACCCAGGGCCCCAUCCUGACGGCCAGCGGGAAGAACCCCGUGAUGGAGCUGAACGAGAAGAGACGCGGCCUGAAGUACGAGCUCAUCUCAGAGAGCGGGGGCAGCCACGACAAGCGCUUUGUGAUGGAGGUGGAGGUGGAUGGGCAGAAGUUCCGCGGGGCGGGGCCCAACAAGAAAGUGGCUAAGGCGAGCGCUGCCUUGGCCGCCCUGGAGAAGCUCUUCUCCGGUCCCAACGCCGCCGCGAACAAGAAGAAAAAGCCCCUACCUCAGCAGACCAAAGGCGCGCUGGCGGCGGCCUCGGCGGUCGCGGCCCAGGUGGCGCGGGGCCGAGGGAGGACGGCGCUGGCGAGGGGGGCCUUCGUCAGCGCCGCCGCCGCGCCCGGAUACGUCACGCCAGGUAGUCCGCCCGUCUGGACGGCCUCGGGCUGGAACCCCAAUGCCCGCAGUCUACACAGCUUUGGCGCGCCGUACGGCUACACUCCUGCUGCUGCUGCAGCUCCCGCCUAUGGUGGUCUUUUCAUUGACAACCCCUUCUACCAGCCGCGGACCCUCGCCCCCUUCAUCAUCCACCUGGGACCCCAGGACCUCUUCUCUGACUUCUAGAGGCACUGGGAAAUGAUGCUGCUGCUACUCCCAGCGGAUGACUCUCUCUCUCUCUCUCUCUCUCUCUCUCUCUCUCUCUCUCUCUCUCUCUCUCUCUCUCUCUCUCUCUCUCUCUGUCUCUCUCUCUGUGUCUGUCUCUGUCUCUAGCUCUCUCUCUGGCCAUGGCAACAGGACCGCUGCUCAAUGCCAUCCUCCUGUUUUCCCUUUCUCUUUUUUUGGGGGGCAUCUGGCUGAAGAGUCACGGAGAUCCAGACGGUCUGGCUUUAUUUAGUUCAGUCCGCUGGCAGAGGCUCUGCCGCAGCCAGAGUCUGUCUGACCUGCCCGCCGACACGCCCCCUCUCCUCUCCUCGCCUCCUCUCCUUCCUUCCUUCCUGGUCUGGACGAAAAGCCGCUAGACGAGGAGGAGCAGGAGGAAGAGGAGGAGGAAGAGGAGAUGGACUCGAUAGGAGUGAAAAAAAAUAAAAAAGCAAUAGUUUGGAUUUUAUGACACGAAUGUUCAGCUGCAUCUAUUUAAACUGGGCUGAACCCUUUGUUGGGUGUUAUAUUAUAUAAACAUAGUAUAAUAUAUUAUAGCAAUACACGUGAAAACUCUUGUCUGCUUGGAGCUUACUUACUUGAGAUGAUGAUGAUGAUGAUGAUGAUGCUGAUGAAGAUGUGAAUGUCCGACAGCGUUUUCCAACACGACAGCAGCAUUGCAAUAGCUCAUAUUGAUUGUAUGUGUGUGUACGUGUGGCUGUAACAUGACAUGAUAUAUACAAUUAUAUUGUAUGGUGUAUGUUUCUAUAACAAUGUGUCGAUGAUGAUGUUCCUUUUAUUGUUAUAAUGUAUUUAUGUAAAUAUGCCAUCAAAUAUAAUUGGUAUAAAUUAUUUUAGAAGUAAGUGAAAUGUAACUAAUAUCACAGUAUAGCGAAAAAUAUUUCUUCCAAUUUUAUAUACACUGAGCAAUGGAAUUCUAGUCCUAGGAGAUGCAAUAUUAUCUUUCAUAUUAUUAUGAUAUGAGUGUUGUUCUAGUAUAGUGACGCUUCCUUCCUUCCUUCCUUCCUUUCCUCGCUCCACUUCCUCCUUUACUCCAUAUCUCCUUUCCUGUGUCUUUGAUAUCUUCUGAGCCCUUUGUAAGUGUCCUCUCUCUCCAGCCCGGAGCCUUUUCUGACCAUCCAGAACCAGAGGUGCUCAACUUUUGAACCCACCAAGCCCCUCUCACGUCUCUCUCUUAUCUCACCCCCCCCCCCCUCUCUCUCUCUCUCUCUCGGAAAGCACAUUUUCUAUCGCCUCCUUACUGGCAGGGAAUGAUGUGACACUUUGUAGUGUGUGUGUUUGUGUGUGUGUGUGUGUGUGUGUGUGUGUAUACACUAUGAUAUAUAUCUUCUGUUCACCAAAACAAAUCUCAUCUCAACCUCAUCUCCCAUCCUGCUCCGCAUUUUUCGGCGGGAACCAAAAGCACAGUUGUUGUUUGUGAGGUUUCUUUGAAUUGUAUGUUGCUGGUUUGUUGGUUUGUUUUUGUUUUUCACUCUUGUUUUCAACCCCCUGGUUCCCUUUCCCCCUCAGCGGGAAGUCUGUUUGUACAACAUGGCUGCUGUGUUUGCCUCUGACUAUGCUGGAAGUUAAUGCUAAUGUUAGCGAACAGCAGAGACAAACUACAGGACGCUACGGUGUCUACUUAGAACCGGGAUAUACAACACCGUUAUUUACCAGCUUUUUCCCCCUUUCUGUGUAUUUUAACAGCCACAGGAAUUGUAUACGUAACUAAAUAGGGUAGGAUUAUCCGCUGAGGUUAUCAGCAACGUUAUGACUGCCCGACAGAGCACAAAAACUGGACUUGUACAAUGGCUUAAACUGCGUAUCUCUUGCCCCAGCAUAAUCCGUCCAACGCGAUUCUCUAGACACAUUUUAUUGUAGGAAAAUGUUUAAAUAAAGAAGUAGGCGUAGUGUUUGACCUUUUGUUAAUAGGCUAUACCUUCUCAUUGUUAACAUAUUGUUGGGUUUGUUCCGUGACCGCGUUUGUUCAGCGUAGUGAUGAUGUCGUGGGAUGCCACCAUUGUUUUUGUUUUGUUACGUUUUUUUAACAGUUGCUUCAAAGGAGAAGGCCUGCUAUAGCGUCACUGUACUUCUUGCGAUGUGUGCAGAGAUACAGUGAGAUACAGUGUCUGUCUCGUAUUCAUGUCAGCAUCUAGAACUGAAGAGCCAGUACUGUCAUUGAGCAAUCCCUUUUUUUAUUACAGUGCAUCACAGGAAAAUUUUUACAGGGUGUCUCGGAUCAUAUGGCAAUAUUAAAUGUCGAGCUAUGAAAGUUGGAGAUUUGCUUUUCCUUUUUUGAGAUUGUGUUGGAGGCAAUGUCCGCAAUGUGUAAAUGCACAUCAAGCCUACUGUACACACCCAAAUGUGUGUGUGAGUGUACAUUGUCGGCAUACACAUACUCAGCCUUUUUUAUGUGUGUUCAUUACUUUUUAACAGCGUUGUCAAGGUUUUGCCCGUCUUAAACCACUUGGAUUAUUUUGGGAAACCUCACAGAACGGCCUUUAAUGGCGAUUUGUUAUUGUCUAUUAACAGAGAGAAAAUCACAAUGUGCUGCAGAAGGUUUUGCAUUUUCCUCUCGUCAUCCCACUUGAUUCAGUGGCUAAUCCCUGGUGCUUCUGAACAAGAACGUCCGAAUCGAGCAAAGAAAAUAGGAAAUCUCACAGUUGCGGAUGAAAGAUUUUAAAUAAUUGUGUGUUGCAGGGAUUGCCCCAACUGCUGUGCCCCAACUCCACAGCAGAAUUUGCUAGUUUCCUGGGUUAUUAAAAUACAGAUGUGUUUUUUUGUAUCCUUUCUCUUUCUCUCACUCUCUAAUUUUGUACAAUUCCUCUAUCUCUCUAUCCCUUUCUCUCUCCCUACCUACCUGUCUGUCUGUCUGUCUGUCUGUCUGUCUGUCUGUCUGUCUGUCUGUCUGUCUGUCUGUCUGUCUGUCUGUCUGUCUGUCUGUCUCUCUCUCUCUCUCUCUCUCUCUCUCUCUCUCUCUCUCUCUCUCUCUCUCUCUCUCUCUCUCUCUCUCUCUCUCAUGCCUUGGAGAGCUGCCUUUUGACCCUGUACUCUCCAGUAAGGAUUGGAGAAUCCAUUAGAGACACAACAUCUGGCCUGAGAGGGUGUGUGUGUGUGUGUGUGGACGGUAGUGCCGCAUAAUGAUCAUUACUAUUUCUUAUGGCUGCUCCGAUUCCACCUCUCUUGGUAACCUUAGCAGGUUAGCUGGGUGGAUGAGAAGAACGCUCAUAUUUACAUAUAUAUAUAUGUGUGUAAAUAUUUAUAGGCAUAUGUAUAUAUUUAUAUGUACAAUGCAUAUGUAUAUAAAUAUAUGUACACACAUACUUGCAUAGUUCAACGUACAAUGUACUCCAACAUUGCUAAUAGAUAUGAAAGUGAGACAUUUACAGAUGAUAUGAUUUAUGCCCACUACAUACGCUUUUUUAAUUUUGAAAGCAUCUCUAUACUCCAGCCAACCACCAGCCAGUAAACCAUUACAGAAGUACUGCUACCAAUAGGAACACGUGAACACUGAAUAAUUUUUUAUUUAUUAAAUAAUGCCUGCAUGGUUCUGAGUAGCGAAGGGAAAUUGUUAAAGAAAAAAAAUAGAAUGGGGGAAUUCUAAGCUUGUAAGCUCGCAAUUAUAUGACACAUGAAAACUAUUAUUCCGGCAGAAGGCAUGGCGUUUGAUGUCCUUCAAGCUAAAGUCUCUUGACCACGACAAUAAGGAAUUAAAGCCUUCAUCUGUGUUUUUAAAUAGAUUGGAGAAAAGUAGAUGCUUUUACUGUAAACCAAGGAUUGCAGGGGCUGCGCUGAAUUAUCAUUGUACUCUUCUGUAUUCCUUUUUCCUCCUUACUUUCUAAGCAUUUUGCGAUGAAUAGCUUUUGGCUGAGGGCUGGGGAUGCUAGACUUGUACCAGCUGGUUGGCUCAUUUCAGGAGAGCCGCUGUUUGUACACAACGGUUUUGGGAGCAAGGAGCAUUUUGCCUCCUUGGUGCUGCCGCUGAACCCUACUGAGAUGUCUGUAGCAACGGACCCUUUUCUACUGAUAAAGCCCAUACCGUGGACAGACACGGAGUCACGUCCUGAGCUGCCGCAAGCAUGUAUGAAGAACAAUGUACUGCUUCACACUGUAUAUACGUUAUAAUAUAAAAUACUAUUUAAGGAAGAAGCACAAAGCAAACACAGAGAAGCAAUACUGAGACAGAACCUUCUCAGGGGUUACCUGACACCACACACACGCGAGCACACAAACAAACACACACACACACACACACACUCACGCACACACUCACACAGACGAUCCAACCAGAACCUUCCCUUGCACCUAUCGUAGUAGCAUAGCACUUUGGCACAGCGUAAAAGUCACCAUGCUAUGUUUUCAUCAACACAUGAUUGUAACGAUCUCGUCACAUGGUUUGUGUUUAAUAACAUUCAGUGGGAUUUGACUGCAAGAUGCGUCUCCCAUCACAACUGAGAACCCUGGUGCCUAGCAACUGAGUCUUCUGUAGCAGUCUCACCUUCACUCUCCACAUGCUACUGUUUUGGCUAGAAUCACAAGAGGUAGAUGUUUAUAUUCUGUGUUUAAUAAGGAGAGCGAAACACUGCACUGCAGAUCUAUGGUCAAGAUUACUGAAAUGGGGACGUCUAUCCAAAUCGACUAUUGUGAGUGUGUCUGAAAGAUGUUUCAGCAGCCGUGUUUGGAUUUAAGUGGUCUGCUGUUGUUGUUUUGAUUGGCGUAUCGGUUCCUCCUCAAUGUCAACGAUAACCCAAAGACAAAAUGGCCGACCUUUGUUGCACAGAUGUGACAUUCCCUUGUUGCUGCCAGCCCAACCGAAAAUAGUCAUUAAAGUAUUACCAAUAAUAAGUAAUUCACUGUUGUAAGGUUAUAUUUAUACUAUUAUAUUAUCCUCUGAACUAAAUGUUCAUUUAUUUCUCGAACAAAUUGGAACUUGAAGGGCCUGGAACGGUGUAUCAGGGUGUGAAUCUCUCUCUUUAAUAAGUCUUGUUCCCAGGGACAGCGGGAGAGAGAGAGAAAGAGAGAGUGGGUCAUCCAAGUCGCUUAGGUCUGGUGGGAGAGAGCACCGAGUUGCAGAAAGCUUGGGUAGCCAUUUUGAAGCUUUGCAGAGCGGCAGAAAUAGAUCUGGGAUCAGGUUUCAGCUGCGGAGGCAAAGUUUAUCAGACGAACUGCUGAACAGAUCAUUUUGUGUGUGUGUGUGUGUGUGUGUGUGUGUGUGUGUGUGUGUGUGUGUGUGUGUGUGUGUGUGUGUGUGUGUGUGUGUGUGUGUGUGUGUGUGUGUGUGUGUGUGUGUGGGUUGGGUUGGGUUGGGUUGGGUGCGCGAUUCAGAUUUUGCUGGCUGGCACAAAUGUGGUCCAUUUCUAUCUGUAUGGAAAUGGAGACGGUCUCCCGUCGAUACAGGGCACGCGCACGCUGGUCACGCACACGUCAAGGUACGGUUUCAUCGGGGGAAUCGAUCAGUGUCUCUGGUUCAUCCGGCAUUGGUUCACCCAGUCCUCUGAUAUCCUCUGAUAAGUGACUACAGUGUUUUGGUUUUGAAUGUACACUAUUGUUCUAGUGAUUUUAGAGUAGAAUGUAUUUACUCAUAGAGUAAACUGGCUUUUUUUGUGAAAGACACAUAUAAAGAAUAUAUAUAUGAAUACAUGCAUAUAUACAUCUAUAUCUACUUGUUUGUAUGUGAAUCUUUUAUUUUUUUUGCUGCCCUGGCAAGAACAUUUUAUGUUUAUUUUUUACUUUGACUGUUCUCCCAAGUGAUGUCUUAAGAGUGCUUUGGAUUUCUGUGUUUCAUUUUGUUUGUAUAUAAAUAAAGUUAUUUAUUUUGAUUUUACUCAAAAUGAGUUUCAACCAGA